AUUUUAAUCUGUUUCUGUUUGCUAAUUUUAACGGUCACCUAGAUCUAGCCUAAUCAUACAUUUUGAUUUAACUGCUUGCUGCUUAUUAUUUUAUCGAGUGGAAGUUGCUGCUGGAAAUUGAAAUGUCUGAUAUACAAUUACUGAAAUCUAUUGGUGCGGAUUUCAAGAAUUUAGACAGAAGUAUUAUUCCCGAUGCAGCAAAUAUGGCUAGAAAAAUGAUGGCUCAUGAAGCUUAUAGCAAUCCGGAUUACAAUUGGUCUCUUGAUGACUUCGAUAUUGGGUAUAGGCUUGGACGUGGUAAAUUUGGAAGAGUAUUUCUUGCCAGAGAAAAACAGACUGGCUAUGUAGUUGCAAUGAAGACACUCCUGAAGAAGGAAAUUGUCAAAGGACGUGUUGAAACUCAAGUUCAACGUGAAAUAGAAAUUCAAAGUCGUUUGAAGCACCCUAAUAUUUUACAGAUGUUGUGUUGGUUCCAUGAUGAUUACAGAAUAUAUAUAAUUGUUGAAUAUGCUGGUAAAGGUGAAUUAUAUGGUCAUUUACAGAGGGCACCAGGGGGUCAUUUUGAUGAACAUCUUUCUGCAAAGUACACAUAUCAAGUUGCUGAUGCCUUGGACUAUUGUCAUGAAAACCGUGUAAUACACAGGGACAUAAAACCUGAAAAUUUACUUCUUACAUCGAGUGGUGAUAUUAAAUUAGCUGAUUUUGGUUGGUCAGUUCAUGCUCCCUCUUCUUCAAGAAAUACAAUGUGCGGUACAUUGGAUUACCUUUCCCCAGAGAUGGUAGAAGGGAGAGAUUAUAAACAUUAUGUAGAUUUAUGGUGUUUAGGUGUCCUUUGUUAUGAAUUUUUGGUUGGUAAACCACCAUUCGAAAGUGCAGAAGCAGAAGAAACUUAUAAAAAGAUCAAAAGAACAGACCUGACUUAUCCUGAUCAUAUUACUCCCCCAGCCAAAGAUUUGAUAUCGAAGUUGCUGGUUCAUGAUGGUGCAAAACGAAUGAGUUUAAAGGAGGUUAUGAAGCAUAAGUGGAUAGUGACGAAUAUGUAGUUUUAUUAAUUUUAUUUGUUUGAUAUACUGUUUUUAUUUAUUUUAAUCGAUACUAAUAACACAAUAACAACUUUUUUCUUUUAAUCAGAAAUUUUGUUUUUGUGGAAAUCUUUAUUAUGUAGGUACAAGUUGACCAUUAGGAGAAUUUAGAUAUUUGUAAUGAUAUUUCACACCAAAACAUAUAUCUUUUAUCAAGGUGUUGUAUAAAUUAUUCUUGUAUUCUAGUUUUUAAUGAUGAAUAAAUUUUAUUUAGUAAAA